AUGGAACUCGCUGAUGGUGAGCUACAGUUAAGCCCAGAUGAUCCUUUCCUGAGUUUGACACGAGAGGAUAUGCAAAGUCUCAAAAACGAUUGGCUCACAGAUAAUAUCAUAUCAUUUUGGGAGGAGUAUCUCGAACAUGAAUUUCUUUCUCAAUACAAGUCCUCCAAUAUUGUCCUCCUUCGGCCCAGCAUGUCCUUUAUGAUCCUUCAAACACCCGACCCUCACACUCUCCGUGAUGCGCUUCCAGACUUUUCUCAAGCCACCCAUGUUUUUCUCCCUAUAAAUGAUUGCCACAACGUCACGCAGGCUGAAGGCGGCACGCAUUGGUCCCUUCUUCUAAUCUCCAUUGUCGAUGGAUCCGCAUUCCAUUAUGACUCCCUCUUACAUGGCAAUUUUGAGGAGGCCAGAUUUGUAACCCGGCAGUUCGGCUUUCUCUUACAGGAAAGACUGUGGACUACCCUAGGGAAACAAUAUUUUGAGUUCUAUCAUCUGAGAGAUUCUCCACAACAAGACGGUGGUAGCGACUGUGGUGUUUUCGUGUGCAUGAACAUGCGUCAUCUCCUCUUAAAGCGACUUCUAAUGGCCAGCGCACACGAGAAGGUCAGCAUGAGCCUCGGAGGGCGAAGCGUCGAUGCCAGUGCAGCACGUAAGGAAAUGGCCAAGAUCAUUGAAGGAUUCCGGAAGGAAGGCGAGCGUCGACGGUCAGCGAGUGCGAGCCCUAUGGGAAAGAGAUCCAGGAGCCCUCCCCGUAUCGAAUGA